AUGCAGUUGUUGACAACGGUGCCAGUAGCGAAGACACCACAGAAGCCAGCGGAUAAGUCUGAAGAAAUAUCGGUGAAACGAGUGGAUACUGAUGUGGGUAGCAGUAACAAGAGUAAGACGACGAGUGUGCGAAGUUUGACGGAAAGCGAUUCGUGGCGCGAUUCUGGCGACGUGGAGCCGAAAAAAGGCUCCCCAAGAGCGUCAAGUACUGACGCAGAUGAUGGUUGGAUGGGCCCGGAGGAUGAUUAUGAUAUUGUUGAUGAGAUCAAUGAUACGGACGAUUUGGAUGGUGGCGGUGUUAGUAUGGGUAAUGAUGAGUCUGUGGAUGAACGUGGUAGAACAUUGACGAUAGGCGGAAGAAAUUCAGCAAGUGCAAGUGGAGCGGGCUUCGAUAUGGAUGAAGACGAUGAGAAACCACUGGGUUGGAAGCAGUCAAGUCGCGCUCGAGGCGCUGAGCUGACUAUGAGACGCAGUCGUCGUGGUGAUGGUGCUGAUUCUCCAAAUGGACCGAUGUCAGAGUCGUGGCGUAGUCUGAAUUUUGCCACAAGAAAAGAAGACGUCGAAAAGAAGCGAAAGAAGGAUAUAAUCGCAAGCGAUGAGGUUGGGCGAACUAGCAGCAGGUUGAAUGCAGGUUUAAUAGGUGAGAGUUGGCGACAUUCGUGUUUAGCACAACAACAGAAUGCGACUUCGAGUGUCUCUUAUGAAUCGUGGCGGGGAACCACCAGCACUGUGGAAUCUCACUUGAAUCUGAUCAGGACUAAGGAUGAUGAAAAGCGAACCGCGCAUAAUAUAAGACCCUUAUUGGAACCGUUCUUGAGCAGAAGAUCGCUGCUCGAUGCUGAUAACGAUAGCAGUAAUAAUAAUAGUACUGAUAGCGGCAGUUCUGGUAAAGGGUAUGAUAAGAAUAUGGGUAAAGGGCAAAGAGUGUCAAGCAACGCGGAGCGAUGGAAGAAGACUAAGCAACGAAUGGAGAAGUCACCAAACAAGAAGAAAAACGUUAUGGAACCAGUUGAUGAACAAUUUGAUGCACCCUCAAUUUGGGAU